AUGACGGGGAACGAUAUCCUUGCUGCUGGUGCUGCCAGCAAAUGGAAUUUUACUGGUGCUUCUGCAAGUGAUGAAAAACAGCCCGUCUACGGACUAAUCAAUUUUGAACAAACACCGAAGGGUGUUCACAUCACAGGCCGUAUCGAUGGUUUAGGACAAGGGACUUCACACGGGUUUCAUAUUCACGAGUUCGGUGAUGGUUGCACAACUGCUGGUGCACAUUUUAAUCCGCUCAAUCGUGUCCAUGGUGGUCCAAAUGACGUUGAAAGACAUCUGGGUGAUUUGGGAAAUGUGACAGCAGAUAUUUAUGGCGUAGUUUAUCUCAACAUACUCGAUCCAAUGAUAUCUCUUUACGGUGAACAUUCAAUUGUUGGGCGUGCUAUUGUUAUUCAUGCGAUGCCCGACGAUUUGGGUCGUGGAGGGAAUGAGGAAUCGUUGAAGACGGGAAAUGCGGGCGCAAGACUUGCUUGUGGUGUCAUUGGAUUUGCAAAACCAUAA